AUGCCAUAUAAAGUGGUCCGACAGAGCAUCCAUCAUCCACUGAAGAGGAGGAGCAGCAGGAAACAGAAUAAAGACAAUUCAUUUAAGGAAGAGUAGAGGGUAGAAAGAGAUAAAAAAAAAAAAAAAAAGAAGGAAAAUACAGAGAAGAGUCCACUAUCAGACUAUCAGACGAGGAAAGAUGGAUUAUUUGUUGGAGAAUGGGCUGCUUGCUCAGGUCUACCUGCCGUUCUUGCUGUUGGCCGGCUGGUCCCAUGUGCAACCUGUUCAUGGAGGUUUGAGGGCAGAGGGACUGUCAGAGGGCACCACAGAAGUGAUAAGUCACUCACAUGGGCUGGUGGCACGGCUCGAGGGUCUUCUGAUGCUGGGAUAUAACAGUGACAUUUCCCUACGUGUGGAAACAGUGGAUGCAGAUGAGGUCAAGGUGAUCCAGGCCCACACACUGGUUCUGUCGCUGCAGAGCAGAGUGUUUGAUGAGAUGCUGAGAAAGCGUAAUGGCAGCACGCUAGUGCUGCGCGAGAUGGCAGAACGCACUGCUGUGUUCGAUAAAUUUAUCAGAUAUUUAUAUUGUGGUGAGCUCUCCCUGCAGUUGGACCAGGCAACACCACUGCACAACCUCGCCACCAAGUACGGCAUUUCUAGCCUCCAACAAGGACUAACCCAGUACAUGAGCCACAACCUGGCCAGCGUUUCUCUGAGUGCAGGUCAUGUGGUGGGUUGGUACCAUUAUGCGACAACAGUUGGAGACAUGGUGCUGAGAGACAACUGCCUUCAGUUUUUGUCAUGGAAUCUGUCAUCUGUGCUUCAGAGUGCUGAAUGGCCAUCUGCUAGUGUGGAACUACUAAUGACCCUGUUGCAGCGCUCUGACCUAGUACUGAAGAGCGAGCUGGAGCUGUUCGAGGCUCUUGAAAUCUGGCUCACCCAGAAUAACCCAGAGAGCCUGACAGCCGAGAACGCCCUUCGCCUAGUACGCUAUGCUAUGAUCCCUCCGCACGAACUUUUUCACCUGCAACGAAAUUCAGCGAUUAUGAAAUACUACCAUGAAUCAGUACGUGAUCUACUCUACAUGUCAUACCAAUUCCACUCGGCUUCUCCCCUUCAGCUGGCCAAGUUCUUCGAUGUGAACUGCAGUCUAUUUGUACCACGCAACUACCUCUCGCCCAUGUGGGGGUCUCAAUGGAUCAUUAGCAACCCAGCACGGGAUGACCGCAGCACCAGUUUCCAGACCCAGUUGGGUCCCAGUGGUUUUGACUCGAGUAAACGGGUGACUUGGAACGCCCUGUUCUCACCCCGUUGGCUCCCGCUCAGCCUGCGGCCCUUGUACACCGAGCAGGGUGCCAUGCAGCCACCACGACCAGAUGGAGGAAGUGGCGUUGGCCGCCCUCAUAUUAUCAUAACGCCUGCUACUUCCAGCGUAGAUUUUGCAGGCGUGAGCUUCCAAAAGACUGUACUCAUCUCAACAAAGCAGCAGGGCAAACUCGUGGUGCGACAUGUAUUCAGCUUCCACCAAAGCACAGAGGAGGUGUGCGACUUCCUGGUUGAUGGGGACCUGCAGCAUCGCACAUCUGAGCACCUGGUGGAUGGAUCACUGUUCUUGCACAUCAUUGUAAAGCCUAUCUACCAGACUCUCAUAGCAACCAAGCAAUAAUGUAAAAGACAAUCAAGUGGGAAGACAGACAAAUCAUAAUUUUAGAAGGUCUAUGCAGGGAAGAAAGUUCUUAUGAAAGGUCUGUUUAGGUCUAAUGUGAAUAAGGCUACUAAAGUGCCAUCUCCACUCUCCUUACACUCAAACUACAUCUUAGCCUACUUUUAAAAUGUAUGCAUUUCAAUUUCAUUUCAAAAUUCCAUAAAAUUGAAUUGUGUAAUUUUCAACUAAAUUAAAUUAAUAAAACUUAAAAUAUUUCGUGGUUUUAUUUUACUAAAGAUUACUCAAUUUGAUGGAAUUUUGUUAUGGGGAUAAUGAUUUUGUGAUUGGUUACACUUUAAGACAAGGUUGUAACAUUACAACUAAUAUUAUUUUGCAUUUUGCACACACACACACACGUUGGUGCAGUUAUCAUAGACAUAAUGAUUUUUAUACUGUACAAACUAUAGAUUCUAUCCCCUAACCCUAUCCCUACCCCUAAACCUAACCCUCACAAAAAACUUUCUGCAUAUUUACAUUUUCAGUAAAACAUCGUUUAGUAUGUUUUUUAAGUGAUUUGAAUUAUGGGGACAUUAGAAAUGUCCUCAUAAACCACAUUUAUAGCAUAAUACCCUUGUAAUUACCAGUUUGUAACCUAAAAGAAAGUCCUCGUAAACCACUUAAACCUGCCCACACACACACACACACACAUUCACUUAUAGUUCAUAUAUUUGAGCAUAUACGUAAUUUCCACAUAUAUUUUAGCAUAUAUGUAUAUUCAAAUUCCAUGAA